AUGGACGCGGCCGCGGUGCAGCAGGGCGAGGUAGGCAGAGGAGCGGGCGCGAUGAGGGACACGGGGCGCGCGCAGCAGAGGCAAGCGACGACACACGUCCGUGGCCCACGGAGAGGUCGAGCAGGCUGUAGAGGAGGGCAACAGAGGCUACGGGCGGAGCAGAGGGGCCAAGGCCGUUUGACGAAUGAAGGGACGGAGGGCGACGCAAGCGAGGAGGUGGUGCUGGCAGCGGGAAGGUCCGGGGGCACGCGGCUGCUUGGUGGCGGGGCGCCAUGGAUGGAGCGCGGAGCUCGGGGAAGACGGACGCUGAGCAGGAGGAGAGGAAGGAGGAGAAGAAUGGCGCGGCGGCUGCACGGUAGGAUGAUGGUCACCGGCAGGGUCCGGUCGCCGAAGGUGGGCAGCGGCGAGGAUCCGGGGCGGAUCAAGAGGAGCGGCGCUGGGGCGCUCGAGAUCGAGCGAGGAGGGCUGCGGGGAUGGAGCUGUGCGAGCGUGGGGCUUGAGCGUGGGGAGCUCCUCUCCCUGGCGAUGUGUGCGUUGUGUGUGGCGGCGCGAGGGAACGAGGAGGAGGGAUCGAUGGGAGAAAUGGGGAUCGAGCGCAGGGAGGCUAGGGGGCAUGGGGCCCGGCUGCCAGUGGCACAAAAGGCCACUAGAGCGGGUGGCUUAACAGGCGCGGGUGGGGCGCCCGUCAGGGCGGACCUGGCCGACGGCCAUGACCACGGCGGGGCGCGGCUGGGGCGAGCUGAGGCCGGAGAUGGGCGAUGCGGGGCGAGGCCCGGCGAGCGGUGGCCGGCGCGGGCGGGAGGCGCGAGCGGGGCGGCCACAGCGGCGCUAGGCAGAGCACUAGGUGGGCGCGGGCGGCAGCAGGGGAUGUGGCCGGCGAGCAGAGGCGGGGCUCCACAGCGAGCGGCGCGUGACGGCAGCCGCGGGUGGCUCAGGGGCGUGGACGCGCGCGGGAGCAAAGCUCCAAGCACGAUGGCAGGGCGGGCGCCGGUGGCUGCGGGGCACUGGUGCGGCGAGGCGGCGGCAAGUCAGGGGCGGAGUGGAGCGGCGGCGGGGUCGCGGGCGCUAGCGAACGGGCACACAGCUGAAUGGGGGGGCCGAGCGGCGGUAGCAGAGAGGUAG